GAGAAACCUCACCUUACGGACACGCCUUCUUUGGGCGGACCUCUCGCAUGACGAACGGUUAUUAAUAUUCUCCUCGGUCUUUUAUGAAUUAUGCUUGUAGACCACUUUUGCUUGACAGGAAUAGUGAUUUGCUGGGAUGUUUUAAAUCCCUUCAAAGCGGACAGUUCACAUUUUUAUGAAUUAUUUUUUGUGUGACAUUUCUUUUUAAACAUAACAAAGUGGAUUAAGUUAAAGAGCAAGUUUUCGUGCGGUGAACGGGAAGCACAACUCGUAUAUAUCUUUAUGGCUUUUGACUAAAGAUUGAUUGGAUUAUUGUGAGUUCUUUUUUGAAUGAUUGUAUUGUACAUUUGAGUUUGAGAUACAAUGCUACGAAUUAGUAUUGAACUCUGAUUGAAUAAGAAAGAGCUUUUUCUGAACUCUGAUUAAAUCAGAAAAAACUGAAGAGCUUUUUUUUCUUUUUUUUACUGUGAUUGAAUGUGGAGAAGAUUUUCAAUGUUUUGAAAUCUGAUUGAAUAAGAAAAAGCUUUGUUUGAACUCUAAUUGAAUACGAAAAGCAUUUUCUAUUUUUUUGGCCUAUGAUAGAAUGUGAAAAAGAUUUUAAAUUAUUUUGAACUCUGAUUGAAUAAGAAAAGGCUUUGUUUGGACUCCGAUUGAAUAAGAAAAGGCUUUGUUUGGACUCUGAUUGAAUAAGAAAAGGAUUUUCUAUUUUUUGAACUGAGAUUGAAUGUGGAGAAGAUUUUCAAUAUUUUGAAAUCUGAUUGAAUACGAAAUAGCUUUGUUUGAACUCUGAAUACGAAAAGCAUUUUCUAUUUUUUGAACUGAGAUUGAAUGUGGAGAAGAUUUUUAAUUAUUUUGAACUCUGAUUGAAUAAGAAAAAUAUUUUCUAUUCUUUAGACCGUGAUUGAAUAUGGAGAAGAUUUUAAAUCAUUUUGAACUCUGAUUAUAUAAGAAUAGGCGUUUUUUUAAACUCCAAUUGAAGAAGAUUUUUUUGUUUUGUUUUUGAACUGUAAUUGAAUGUGGAGAAGAUUUUCAAUUUUUUGAACUCUUAUUGAAUAAGAAAAGCAAUUUUCAUUUCGCUCUUGCUUUUUCCGCCAUUUCGCUAGGAAAUAGUUCAGAAAAAAAUAACAAUACGAUUUCUUUAAUUUCACGUGUACCUUCUUGCAAUCCUUAAUAUGCCUCGGAGAGCGUUGACUCUAAAAGAAAAAAUCGAAGUUAUCGAAUAUCACAAGCGAGAAAAAUGUAGCGUUCGAAAAUUAGCUAGGCAUUGGAAGAUAGGAAAGACCCAGGCGUCAGACAUUGUUAAAAAUAGUGACAAUUUGAUGAAUCUUUGGUGUGAAAACGGCAAUGACUACCGAUACAGAAUGUCUCCUUUAUCAAGUCCUGGAUAUCAGAUAGACAAAAGUGUUUUUGAAUGGUUUUUAGAAGUUCGAAGCAAGAAAAUUCCUGUAUCGGGACCAAUGCUGCAAACAAAGGCCUUAGAAAUUGCUAGCAAUUUGGGAAGGGUUGGCUUUAAAGCUUCGAACGGAUGGUUGGAAAGAUUUCGAAGGAGGCAUAUGAUUUCAUUUAAAACUAUUAAUGGAGAGUCUGGCACUAUGGAUUCAGAAUGUUUGAGGGAAGCAGUAGCUGAAGUCCUCACAUCAGCUGAUGCAGCUUCACCUUCAACGGUGCAACCCUAUGAUUCACUUAGAACAAGUCUUUACAAGUACAAGGAGAAAAAUAAGAUGCAGAAAAAAGGAGGAAAGAGCUAUUCAGUGGCAUCAGAUCAGAACAAUAAGGAUCCAAAUCGGUUACCCUCUGCAAAUGAAAUUAGUACACCAGAUGUUGAAAUGCAGUGCUCUGAGAGAACAGAUUUGGAAACACAGGAUGUCGCGUCUACAAGUUUCAUGAGCAAUACAGAUGAACAGAUGAAUGAGGGUUCAAUUUCAAUACCCGCUAAAAAAGGAGUCAUCACACCAGAUGUUGAAAUGCAGUGUUUUGAGAGUACAGAGAUGAAAACUCAAAAUGAACCCUCUACUGGUUUUUUGAACAGUUCAGACGUCGUCUUCAAACAAGAAAUCAUCGAAACUGAACUAGAUCCCUGCACAUUCGAUGACUCUUCGUUUCAUUCGUCAAUUGCUGGCCCAUCUGGAACGCAGUUCGAUGGACAAAGACCAAGCACAUCUUAUCAGACAUUCUCAGAAUCAUCAAACUCCAAUACAGAUUAUAUACUCCCAGAUGAACCUGACAGUGUUGUUGACAUUUCAACAACUCAUGGUUUAAGAACAGUAAAAGUUGAAUCCGAUGUUCAUGCCAAUUCCCGUGACGUAAUUUCUGAAACAAACAAUACAUUUUAUAGUGGACCAUCAGUUCUAAAUGUCACAAAGCCUGCAAGUUUAACGAGAGAUAAAUUUAUCCAAACUAGAGUUCCUCCUUUGGUUUUAAAUAUUGCAGAUCCUAAAGACUCGCCACGUAAUGAACCAGUUCAAAACGGAAUUACCUCCCAUAGAGAGUCGCCAGCUUCGACUCAAGUUUUAGAUCAAACUGAUUAUGAAGAAUCGUGCAAUAAUAAGUCGACCCAAACCGAAGUUUCGACUCAUUCAAGUUCCCCUCUCCCUCCUGGAGACAAAUUCGACGUCUUUGGCGAAUUCAUUGCUUUCAAAUUGAGAAAUCUGGAUCCAAAAUCGAGUGCUUUCGUUCAGACUGCUUUUUCUGAGCUCCUAUUUAAAGCUGAAUUGGGGAUGUUUAUAGACAGAAACGGAAAAAAUAUUUCUUCUAAUCGAAUUGAUGGUAUCCAAAAGGAUAUGCCCCUUUCCAAUGAAUGUGAAAUCGCGCAAGGUCCACCAGGGAAAGAGAAUGUCCAACCUGUAGUUCCUUCGUUGAUGGGGAAGUCAGAUUUCAGUGUUCUUAGUUCUGAAAGCUCGUCUAGAAAUGACAUUCCCCAAUCUGAAGUUCUUCCACAUAAACCACACUCGUCAUUUCCUCCAGUUAGAAACAAUACUGGUCCAGAAAACGCAGUGCGAAAUGAACUCAUUCAACCUAGAGUUACGUCACAUAUCGGAAACGUACGGCCUCCAGUUGUUCCUGAAAGUGCAUCUUCCAAUCAAACAAGAGCUUCAUCUCAUGCGGAGUUGCCAGCUUUUCUUCCAGAUUUAAACCGUGCAAACUCUAGAAGUAACCAGCCUAUUCAACCAAUAGUCCCUUUCCGUGGGCGACCUAGAGACGAAUUCGACGCUUAUGGGGAGUUUACCUCUUCAAAGUUACGAAAUCUAGAUUCAAGAUCGUGUGCCUUCUUACAAACAGCUUUCGCAGAUCUGAUAUUUGAAGCUGAAUUGGGGAGGUUCUUAAGCGAAGGUGAGAAAAGCAUUUUUACCAACAAUACGAACAAUAUCCUUCGGAAGAUGCCUUCUGCUAAUGAUUAUGGAGUUGCCUCACAAGCUGGUGUAGCAUCUAAUUCGUCCAAGUAUGAUGCACGACCCACGAAAGAUUUCGUAACCCCAUCCUUUUAUGAAAGUGAAGUUCCUUUGGAAAUGAUACCCAGCAUGCAUUCUGCUCAUAAAUAACUCAUAACGAUGUAUAUUUCACCUUUGCUCAUUAUUCGUUAUCAUUAAAUGUUUACUAAUAUUUACGUGUCUCAUACUAUUAUCACUUAAUUUCUUGUUGUAAAUAUCGAGACACUUUGUUGUUUUGUAUAAAGAUGCAUUAAAAUAAUUUUAAACGAA